ACAUUAUAACAAACACACAUUAAAAAGAGCCCCAAAAAAAAAAAUCUCUCACACUUUUUCCCUUUAUUGAAUUUAUUUUGAAAAAAAAGAAGAAAAAAGAUUGUUUCUUGAAUAGAGUUUCAAAGCAGAACAACAAUGGCAGAAACAGCAAAAUAUGAAGCUAUAAAUGGUGGAAAUCUGUUUACAGACAUGAAAACUCAGUUUUCUCUUCUCAAAACUAAAAGAACUGUUGGUUUUGCAUAUGGGUUUUUGUUUAUUUUCAUUAUUGUUACUACUUUCUUAGCUUUUACUCCUUCACAAAACUCUUCAUCACCAUGGUUUUCUAACAUUUUUUCUCUAACUAAACAAGAAGAUGUUGUUACUACUACUUCUUAUAGAUCUCAGUUUUCUUCUGUUUUCUCUAAUCUUUUUCCAAAAUCAAGUUUUGAGCAACCCCAUUUGGAUAAAAAGGGACUAAUUGUUGAAAAAAGUGAAAAUUAUACUCAAAAUAAUGAUAAAGGUGGAGUCUUGGAAAACCCCUUUAAUUCUUCUUCUGUUUUGAGUGAUAAAGUUGGAAUCUUGAUGGGAAAUGAGAGUGUAAAUCAGAGUUUUGAUGAUAAAGAUGGAAUCUUUAAGGCAAAUCAGAGCUUAACUGAGGGUUCUAAGUCUGUUGCAGCUGUGAAUCAGACUAAAAGUAGAGAUUUUGAUGAUAAAGUUGGAAUCUUGAAGGGAAAUGAGAGUAAAAAAACAGCACCAAAGUUGUCUUCUAAGGGAGAAAGUGCAAAUGUGGAAAAGAAAAGAGAUGUUGAUUUGGUUAAGUCUUUGUUGAAUUGUGAUUUCUUUGAUGGGAAUUGGGUGAAAGAUGAAUCUUACCCUUUGUAUAAACCUGGUUCUUGUUCACUUAUUGAUGAGCAAUUCAAUUGUUUUCUUAAUGAUAGGCUUGAUAAUGGUUACUUGAAGAUGAAAUGGAAACCCAAUGCAUGUAGUCUUCCUAGAUUGAAUGCUACUCAUAUGCUGGAAUUGUUAAGAGGAAAGCGUCUUGUUUUCGUUGGCGAUUCUUUGAAUAGGAAUAUGUGGGAAUCCCUUAUUUGUAUACUUAGAAACUCUGUAAAAAAUAAGAAAAAGGUUUAUGAAGAAUCUGGAAGACACCAUUUCAGGACAGAAGCUUUCUAUUCGUUUAUAUUCGAAGAGUAUAAAUGCAGGGUGGAGUUCUUUGUGUCUCCAUUCUUGGUUCAACAAUGGGAAGUUGCUGAUAAAAAAGGAGGUAAGAAAGAAACGCUUCGACUUGAUUUGAUCGGAGAGUCUGCUGAUAAGUAUAAAGAUGCGGAUAUCUUAGUCUUCAACACUGGUCACUGGUGGACUCACGAGAAGACUUCGUUAGGGAAGGACUAUUAUCAAGAAGGGAAUCACGUCCACAACGAACUAAACGUUCUAGAGGCCUUUCGGAGAGCAUUAACAACAUGGGGUAGAUGGAUCGAUGCUCAUAUCAAUCCCAAGAAGACGUUUGUUCUCUUCAGAGGUUAUUCUGCUUCUCAUUUCAGUGGCGGGCAAUGGAAUUCUGGCGGGGCGUGUGACAGUGAAACAGAACCAAUAAAGAACGACACGUAUCUGACUCCGUAUCCAUCCAAGAUGAAGGUACUAGAAGACGUCUUCAAAGGGAUGAAAACUCAAGUCUCGUAUCUCAACAUCACAAGAAUGACGGACUAUAGAAAAGACGGUCAUCCAUCAAUAUAUAGGAAACCAAAUUUGACGUUAAAAGAGAGGAGAUCGCAAUGGAGGUAUCAAGAUUGUAGCCAUUGGUGCCUUCCCGGAGUACCCGAUGCUUGGAAUGAGCUCUUAUAUGCUGAACUUUUGGUAAGACUACACCAAAAACACCAAGCGAAAAAGUCAUAGGUAAAAACAAACACCAUGUUGCACGGACUCUUCAAAAAUGUCGUUCAGGUGCUUGUCUAAUCCUCAAAAAACUUCAUUUUUCGAGAAUCUAACACGGGUGCGUUGACAUUUUUGGAGUAUACGUGCAACAUAGGAUGUACAAACACAUAUACAUACAAGGUGUCCAUGUACAUUGAAAUAAUAUCUCAAGCCUAUACAAAAAAAUGUGUUGGUUUUUCGUUGUUCUCGAAGUUACAUAGAACAAAAGGCUCCGUACACAUCAACCUCUUCAGAUUUGACUUUACUUGUGGGAUUACACUGGUAUAUUAUCGUAGUUGUAGUAAAUUAUAGUAUGUGAGAGAGGAAGAGAAAGUUGAAUUUCCCUUGAAAAAGGGAUUUUUUUUGUUUAAUUAUAAUUCUCUCAUGCUAUAAAGUAUUUUUCAAGUCUCAAGGGCUUGAAAAGUGUAAAUUCUUCAAUAAUUUAUUUUAUUGUUUUUUUUUUGAAUA